AUGGGGCGCCAGUGCUCAGUAGAAGGCAUCUAUGGCUAUCCAUCUCCGCCCGAUAGCGGUCGCUCGGGCAGCCGUGCUGCCAGUCCAGACGAUCACAGCAAGCAUCCACUCGGUCCAGAGGCCAAACUUUCGGCAACAUUUGCAGAUGUUGCAACGCAACUCAACAAUGAGGAGACUGUCUUCAAUCCACCAAGACGGCACACAGCAUCGCCGCAAAUUGUCUUGGAGGAUGAUGAUAAUCCGCUUGAUGGACCUACUGAGCUGGGAGGUCGAAGAAUCAAAGUUGCUUGGAACCCCAACUUUCGCACAUUCGUCUUGUAAGUAUCGAAGCAGAGCCUAGAGCGUUUGGCGGAUGGAGGCUAAUUCGCGCUCGCUCCCUGACAGUCGCGGUCAGCGCGUAACCUAUCCUACCCCACAGAUGGACGAUUCGGAUGACGAGGAAAUCGUGCCCCGCUUGCUCUUUCCUGAAGGCUGCGGCAAGACGACGAAGCGAGUCAGACGAUCACGCUCGGGGGAUCAGCGGGGGGAGCAGUGUGCUCGUGCUUCGCCGCCAUGUUGUGAAGAGGAUACGUCGGCAUCAUCGUCACCUCGAGAAGCGAACGCGGCCUUGUCGCCGCCUCAAGAAAAGUACGCGCCCAUCUCUCCGCCUUCCCCGGAGAAGUACGCACCUUUCUCGCCUCCCUCAGCGACCGCUUCAACACGCGCUUUCAGCUACGAGUACGAAGAUGGCGACAUCAUGGUCGAGCAACCCUUGGCAAAUGCUUACGAUGAGCCAAGCGCGAAUUCCGAAGUAUCUGAUGGAGCAGUGGAGUGGGAUGAGACGAUAGGGGCGGAGUGUGGGCAAAAGGCACAUUGUGCCGAGCGCAAGUCCCUUAAACCCAGACCAAAUCUCUUUGCAGCGGAAAUUGCAGCAGCCGCAGCGUCCAGGUCUACAUCUGCCCAACACCAGGGAUCAGGCGCCGCGGAACCUCAUGCUCGCUUGCAUCGUAUGAUGGAGGCAUGGUCAGACGAUGAUGACGAGGAUGAGAGCCAACCCUUCCCUUUUGGAGGUUUGGAAGACCCUAAACCAGAAUCGGACAGAAACACGUCGUUUCGCAUGGCAAAGAGAAAGGCAGAUUGGGAUUCUAGCGACGAGGAAGAAAGUCGAGGGGUCACUCGCUGGGCGCGCGAAGAUGCGUCUCGAGCUCCGGUCACAGCGAAACAGCAGCGAUCGCGGCCAGAAGAGGCGUUGGCUCCGCAAAGAAAACGCUUGCAACAGCAGACGUGGAAACAUCGUUAG